AUGCACCGGCUCAUCCUCAUCUACAUUCUGGUCUGCGUAAACUUUUGCAGCUAUUGGGACACUUUUGCAACUCCGCAGGGCUCAUCCGUCAAAGCGUCGCGCGUAUCUAACCUCAAUGAAGAUGAGAGCAAUCACCUCACAGACUUGUACCGAAGAGACAAUACCAUCGAGGUGAAGGGAAAUGGCCACCUGCAAAGUCCUCGAUUCCCAAACAAAUACCCUCGGAACGUGCUUUUCACAUGGAGACUCUAUUCACCAGAGCAAACAAGGAUACAGCUGGCAUUUGACAAUCAGUUUGGACUGGAGGAAGCAGAAAAUGGUAUCUGUAGAUAUGACUUUGUGGAAAUUGAAGAUAUAUCUGAAACCAGUACUGUUAUUAGAGGACGAUGGUGUGGACAGAACGAAGUUCCUCCAAGGAUAACAUCAAAAACAAACCAAAUUAAGAUAACCUUCAAGUCUGAUAAUUACUUUGUGGCUAAACCGGGAUUCAAGAUUUACUACUCUUUUGUGGAUGAUUUCCAACCCGAUGCAGCCUCAGAGACUAACAAGAAGUCAGUCACAAGCUCCGUCUCAGGGACAUCCUAUCACUCUCCAUCAGUAACGGAUCCCACUCUUACUGCGAAAGAUCUGGACAAAAUAAUUGCAGCAUUUGAUACCGUGGAGGAUGUACUCAAGCACUUUUAUCCAGAUUCCUGGCAGGAAGAUCUUAAGAAACUGUAUUUGGACAACCCAUAUUAUCGAGGCAGAACAUACUAUGAAAGGAAGUCAAAAGUUAACCUGGACAGGAUGAAUGACGAUGCCAAGAGGUACAGUUGCACUCCCCGGAACUACUCGGUCAAUAUAAGGAGAGAGCUGAAGCUGACCAACUUGGUCGUUUUUCCACGUUGCCUCCUUGUGCAGCGCUGUGGAGGCAAUUGUGGCUGUGGAACUGUCCACUGGAAGUCCUGUAGGUGCACUGCAGGGAAAACUGUGAAAAAGUAUUACGAGGUAUUAAAGCUUGAGCCAGCCUCUUUGAAGAAGAAUAGCAGAACUAAGAGCAUGGCUCUCAUUGACAUCCAGUUGGAUCACCAUGAGAAGUGUGAUUGUGUCUGCGGCUCAAGACCACCUCGAUAA